CGCCGCGGGGCUGUAUCGCCACCCCCGCUGCUGCCCGGACUGGAAGUGAGCCGCCGGGGCCCACGGUGCCAGCCAGCCUCCGGGAGGGUCCUGCAGCCGCCCGCACUCGGGGCGCAGCAUGGCGACCGCCAAGGUGGUUUUAACCAAGAGAGCAGAUCCAGCUGAGCUUAGAACAAUAUUUUUGAAGUAUGCAAGCAUUGAAAAAAAUGGUGAGUUUUUCAUGUCUCCCAAUGACUUCGUCACUCGAUAUUUGAACAUUUUUGGAGAAAGGCAGCCUAAUCCAAAGACUGUGGAACUUCUAAGUGGUGUAGUGGAUCAGACCAAAGAUGGAUUAAUAUCCUUUCAAGAGUUCGUAGCAUUUGAAUCUGUCCUUUGUGCCCCGGAUGCUUUGUUCAUGGUGGCCUUUCAGCUGUUUGACAAAGCUGGCAAAGGAGAAGUGACUUUUGAGGACGUUAAGCAAGUUUUUGGACAGACUACAAUUCACCAACAUAUUCCGUUUAACUGGGAUUCAGAAUUUGUGCAACUACAUUUUGGAAAAGAAAGAAAAAGACACCUGACAUAUGCAGAAUUCACUCAGUUUUUACUGGAAAUACAGUUGGAACAUGCAAAGCAAGCCUUUGUGCAAAGGGACAAUGCCAGGACUGGAAAAAUUACAGCCAUUGACUUCCGCGAUAUCAUGGUCACCAUCCGGCCCCAUGUCCUGACACCUUUUGUAGAAGAAUGUCUAGUAGCUGCUGCUGGAGGCACUACGUCCCAUCAAGUUAGUUUCUCCUAUUUUAAUGGAUUUAAUUCACUCCUUAACAACAUGGAACUCAUUAGAAAGAUCUACAGCACUCUGGCUGGCAACAGGAAAGAUGUGGAGGUGACCAAGGAGGAGUUUGUUCUGGCAGCUCAGAAAUUUGGUCAGGUUACACCCAUGGAAGUUGACAUCUUGUUUCAGUUAGCAGAUUUAUAUGAGCCACGGGGACGUAUGACCUUAGCAGACAUUGAACGAAUUGCUCCCCUGGAAGAGGGAACUCUGCCCUUCAGCUUGGCCGAGGCCCAGAGGCAGAAGAAGGCAUCGGUGGACUCAUCCCGACCCGUUCUCCUGCAGGUUGCGGAGUCGGCCUACAGGUUUGGGCUGGGUUCCAUUGCUGGAGCUGUUGGAGCCACUGCCGUGUAUCCUAUUGAUCUUGUAAAAACUCGGAUGCAGAACCAACGAUCAACCGGCUCUUUUGUGGGAGAACUUAUGUAUAAAAACAGCUUUGACUGUUUUAAGAAAGUGCUACGCUAUGAAGGCUUCUUUGGACUAUACAGAGGUCUGUUGCCACAGUUAUUGGGAGUUGCCCCAGAGAAGGCCAUAAAACUUACAGUGAAUGAUUUUGUGAGGGAUAAAUUUAUGCGCAAAGAUGGUUCGGUCCCGCUCGCAGCAGAGAUUCUUGCUGGCGGCUGUGCAGGAGGCUCCCAGGUGAUUUUCACAAAUCCUUUGGAAAUCGUCAAGAUCCGUUUGCAAGUGGCUGGAGAGAUCACCACUGGUCCCCGUGUCAGUGCUCUGUCUGUCGUAAGGGACCUGGGCUUCUUUGGGAUCUACAAGGGUGCCAAAGCAUGCUUUCUGCGGGACAUUCCUUUCUCGGCCAUCUACUUCCCGUGCUAUGCUCAUGUGAAGGCUUCCUUUGCAAAUGAAGAUGGGCAGAUUAGUCCUGGAAGCCUGCUCUUGGCUGGCGCCAUAGCUGGUAUGCCCGCGGCAUCCUUGGUGACCCCUGCUGAUGUUAUCAAGACGCGAUUACAGGUGGCUGCCCGGGCUGGCCAAACCACUUACAGCGGAGUAGUGGACUGCUUCAGGAAAAUACUGCGGGAGGAAGGCCCAAAAGCUCUGUGGAAAGGAGCUGGUGCUCGUGUGUUUCGAUCCUCUCCCCAGUUUGGUGUAACUUUGCUGACGUAUGAAUUGCUACAGCAGUGGUUCUACAUUGACUUUGGAGGCGUGAAACCCGUGGGAUCAGAGCCUGUUCCUAAAUCCAGGAUCGUACUGCCUGCUCCCAAUCCUGAUCAUCUUGGAGGCUACAAACUGGCAGUUGCGACCUUUGCAGGGAUUGAAAACAAAUUUGGACUCUACCUACCUCUCUUCAAGCCGCCAACAUCUACCUCCGUGGUGACAAGCGCAGGCCCAUAGGAGGAAUGCUGCCCGGGGUAGAGAGCGCUGCGUCUCCCAUGGAAACAGUGUUCACAGUGUUCCUCCUUUCACUUCCAUCUCUUGUUUAAAAUUCAAGUCGAGGCUUUUUAGAAGGUGAAAUCAUUCAUUUUCUGUGUGUUUUCUUAACCACAUCAUCGUGAAAUUAUUCAUAAUUAUUCUUUUGGGCCUCUGCUCACAGACCUGGGUUUGUAUCUGACAUUUACUGGGAUUUGGUCAACACUAACAUGAUUUGGGGAAGGAGCAAGUCUGAGUAGAAGUUUGAGCUGCUCUUCUUGGAUUAGAUUAUAGUCCCAAAGAGACUCCUGAAAGGCAAUCAUGGUGCUCAGAGCAAAGUGUUUCAUGCAUGUUUCAGCUGGUAGAAAACUGGGUGCAUAUUUAUCACUGUAAAAAACACUGGAAGAGAUG